GCGCUCGUGGCUACCGGUUCGCACGGUUUUCUCGGGACGUGAAAUUCUUUCUUUCUAGUCCAGUGGGCGGGGGUGUUUUUCGGAAAGUGGAUAGGAAGUUCGUAGGCGUUGGCCACGGUGGGCGUCACCACCCCGUACGGGGGACAGCACCCUGUACAGCGGGUUCCGGCCUCCCAAACGAUGUCCCACGCCAGCCAACUUCCGGACGGAGGAGCGACCCCCACGCCAGCAAAGCGACACCUGAGUGAGAGCAGCUCCGGCGAGUUCGCACACACAACAUCAAUGCUACAAGACGACGAAGGGGCCAUGGACGGCAGCGUUCUCGGUAGCAAGGAGGACGGCGACUUCACAACAGUCAACAGAAAGAAAAAGAGGACUCGACACGAAGGAUCUCAACGGAGCCAAGGUAUCGUGAAACUUCCUAAUACGGCACGCACCGUUCUGUUCGCGCCAACCGUUCCCGCCACGAAUCUGAGGAAAAUCAACCGCCAGCUGCUAUCGGACGAACUGGAAGCACUGGCUCCCGGUCAGUUUAGCGAGGUACUAGUAAACACACGGAAAAAACAUAAUAGCCACGGAUCGGGAGUGAGCGUCGUGCAAGUUAGGCGGCUAGGCAAAACGCAAGCAGUCAAGGUUGUGUUUGAGGGUGACACGCUUCCUGCCCACGUCAAGAUUGGAUUAGUAAGGCACAGCGUUAGGCCUUUCGUCCAGCGUCCCCUACAGUGCCGACAGUGCUUUCGCAUCGGACACGUAGUGGCAACCUGUCCUAACAGCGCCAUUUGUCCCAAAUGCGCACAGGCUCAUGGUGAAGAAAACUGCACUUCAGCACAGAAGUGCGUAAAUUGUCAGCGAGCGCACGAAGCAACCUCAACGGAGUGCCCAAAGCUCCAAAAGGAGAAGGAGACCUGCAAGGUCAAGGUGCGAGAGAACAUCACGUUCCUGGAAGCGGCCAAGGUAGUCGAGGAACAGCGAAAAAUCAAAAGGCGCAACAAUCAACAUGUAGAGAAACCCGGAGCGGGCACCUCGCAGCCUAAAAGUCAUGACCGCCGCGCAAGGCGUGGACCCUGGGGCACAAGGCAGUUCUAAUCCGGCAGGGGCAGCAAAGGCCGAUAACCUACACAACGGUGGCAGGGACAACCACGCUAGGGGUCUCACCUAUCGCGAUGUCACUCAGGGCUCCCCCCAAAUCCGGCGGCGGAUAGAAAAAAGCCACGUUACCAUCCCGAGACACAGGGGAUACUGUCAAAGCAAGGGACGUCAAUUCCAGAGUCCGCUGAGCGGUCUACCGCGAGCAAAUUUAUCAGCUUGGUGUUCAACACAGUGCGCCGGCUCCUCGAGCUGUUGCCGCCAUCGGAGUUCCGCACAACACUAAAUAGUCUUCUCUUCCUG